AUGUCUGAUUACGGUAAUUUUGGAAACUAUGGUGGAAAUUAUGGAGAUGGAGGAUUUUCAAAUACGGGUUUUUCACAAGGAGGAGGAUUUCAAGACAAUAAUAACAAUAAUAAUGGAGGAAGUUCACAAAAUAAUAAAUCUCAAACACGUUCAAGUAUAACACCGGUAACUAUUAAACAAAUCAAUGAAUCACAACAACCUGUUCCCGACGGAGAAUUUUCAAUAAAUAAUGUAAAUAUGAGUAUUGUUAGUUUUAUUGGUGUGUUACGUAAAGUUCAUGGAAAUCAAACAUCUAUUUUAAUAACAGUUGAAGAUGGAACAGGAUCAAUUGAAUUAAGAAAAUGGAUUGAUGAAAAUGUAAGUACAACGGAUCAAGAAUUGGAAAAAUAUAGUGAAAUGUUAAACAAAUAUGUCAAUGUUUCAGGAGCUUUAAAAUUAUAUAAUAAUAACAAGAAUGUUCAAAAUGCAAUUAUAAAACCAAUUGAAGAUAGUAAUCAAAUAUUAUAUCACUAUUUAAAUGCUAUAAAUCAUCAUUUAAAAAUGCAAGGGAUAAGUUUACCUUCAUCUUCAGGUAAUCAAAAUGGAGCAACCACUAAUAAUAAUCAAAAUCAAAUGUUUAUAGGUAAUAAUUUAUCUAUGGUUGAAAGAAUUUUAGAAUUUAUUAGAGAUCAAAGUAAAGGAAUGCAAGAAGGUGUUCCAAUUGAUUAUAUUUCUAGAAAAUUAGAAAUUUCUUCUGAUGAUUCAAGAAGAUUUUGUAAUGAAUUAAUUGAAGAUGGUAAAAUUUAUGCUGGAUUCAAUGAAGAAGCUUAUUUAGCUAUUUAA